CUCCGCAGCCGGGCUCGGCCGCCCGCGGAGUGCACCGCCAGAAGCGCCGCGGAGUGGGCGGCGCGGGGCGCUGCGGGACCGAGCCGCUGAGCUCAGAGACGUGCAGAGCCCAGUCGAGCCGGGACACGGCGCGCCGGGAGGGACGCGGCGAGGAGCAGCGCUAUACCGGAUGCGGACGCGCAACUUGGGGCAACUUUAAGAUCCGAGCAGGCCCGUGCGGACCCAGAGCUAGAAGAGGGCAAAGAAGAAGAUGCCUCGGCCCGGCCGUAACACGUACAGUGACCAGAAGCCGCCCUAUUCGUACAUCUCGCUGACCGCCAUGGCCAUCCAGAGCUCGCCCGAGAAGAUGCUGCCGUUGAGCGAGAUCUACAAGUUCAUCAUGGACCGCUUCCCCUACUACCGGGAGAACACGCAGCGCUGGCAGAACAGCCUGCGCCACAACCUCUCCUUCAACGACUGCUUUAUCAAGAUUCCGCGGCGGCCAGACCAGCCCGGCAAGGGCAGCUUCUGGGCGCUGCAUCCCAGCUGCGGGGACAUGUUCGAGAACGGCAGCUUCCUGAGGCGCCGCAAGCGCUUCAAGGUGCUCAAGUCGGACCACCUGGCGCCCAGCAAGCCCGCCGACGCUGCGCAGUACCUGCAGCAGCAAGCCAAGCUGCGCCUCAGCGCGCUGGCAGCCUCCGGGACGCACCUGCCCCAGAUGCCCACCGCCGCCUACAACCUGGGCGGCGUGGCGCAGCCCUCGGGCUUCAAGCAUCCCUUCGCCAUCGAGAAUAUCAUAGCGCGCGAAUACAAAAUGCCUGGGGGGCUGGCCUUCUCCGCCAUGCAGCCGGUGCCUGCUGCCUAUCCACUCCCCAACCAGUUGACUACCAUGGGCAGCUCGCUGGGCACUGGUUGGCCACACGUGUACGGUUCCGCAGGCAUGAUCGAUUCGGCCACCCCCAUCUCCAUGGCUAGUGGCGAUUACAGCGCCUACGGCGUGCCACUGAAGCCUCUGUGCCACGCAGCGGGUCAGACGCUGCCCGCCAUCCCCGUGCCCAUCAAGCCCACGCCGGCCGCAGUGCCCGCGCUGCCCGCGCUGCCGGCGCCCAUCCCCACCUUGCUCUCGAACUCGCCACCCUCGCUCAGCCCCACAUCCUCUCAAACAGCCACCAGCCAAAGCAGCCCCGCCACUCCCAGCGAAACGCUCACCAGCCCGGCCUCCGCCUUGCACUCAGUGGCGGUGCACUGACCCGCAGAGGCCGGCGCCCCUUCUUGUUCCCCUCCCCGCCAGCUCACUCGCCUUCCCUGGCUCCCAGUCCUGCCCUCCCCGACCCGGGACCGCCACCUUAACUUGUCCAUUUCACCUUAGGCCUACCCUCUCUCCCCCAUGAGAACUUUGUUUCAGGCCCAGGAGACAAAACACAAACUUUUAGAUGGGCCUGAAGGCGCGUGGGAGCUGUCCUCGUCCCCAAGAGGGGAAGGCAGGGGGCACCUGAGCCCAGUCGUCCCAUUCCCGGGGCCCCCGAAACCCCCUCCCACUGAAGAAGCAUGGGAAGUCCUGCCUCCCGGCGUCUCGGAGAGGAGCGCGUCUUUGCUCGGCCCGGAUCUGCGGGGCUCCGGCCACGGCCAGUUAAGUUUCAAGCCCAGAGAAACCACCUCAGAGGCUUCCUUGAACAGAUCUUCCCUGAGGGCUGCAGCCGCACAGCGGAGGGCCAGAUCUCUGUUUAUGUCUUGGAAAUCUGCCGCGAAAAGGGACCGCUAAUCUUCCCACCCUACUCGCCUCCGCCCAUCCGCCAGGGGCUGGGCGGACCACAGCUUCCCGGAGUAGCGGCCCUGCCUCCCCGGCUUCUGCGGAGGG